UUCUUCUCUCUCUGCACCUCUCAACACCUCAACACAACUCGCAACCAUGGUUAAAUUGGAAGAAGUCAGCAUCGAUCACGUCGAGGAGGAGGAGUACACCGACAGCGAUUCCUCCUCGAUCUUCUCUUCGGACGAAGACGAAGACGACGUUGACAACAUCGAGUCGAUCAUAGAUCGAUUCUGGGCCCUCCAAGACGUCAUCCCUGCAAAGACCCGCAAGUCGAUCUCGGACAAGUGCUCCUCCGUCUAUAGCUGGGGAAAGUACGGUGCCAAAUUUCUCGGCAACUCAGCUUGGGUCUUGACCACAAGUGCAUUGCUCCUGGUCCUGCCCUUGAUGAUCGAGCUUGAGCACGAGCAGGGUUUGAUCGAAUACGAAAAGAUGCAGCAGCAGAGCAGCCAGAUGCUUUCCCAGCCCACUGGUCAGCAGCAAAAGAAGCAGACCUCUGGCAUUGUCCCCCCCGGUUUCUAAGUGCGAUCAGUAGGGACGUUCAUGGAUGCAGCAAGUACAACUGACAAUCACAAUGGCGUCGCAGCUCGCUAAGUGAGUUCGACGAAAGUAAAGGCAAAGGAAAGGGCGGAUCGGGCAGGAUUGAUUCAUGUUAGCCUACAUUCAUUUCGGCAGGGCAGCUGGAUUCGAUUGUCUCGAUCUUUAUUCGCUUUCUUCAGUCUCUCUUCUACUUCAAUUGCCAGCACCAUGGACGCCUUUUUUGUUCCCAUUCUUUUAACUUUCAUCCAACCCAUGUAUGAUGUAUAUUAUCUCAUCCCCAAAUAAAGAUGUACUCGUUUAGAAGCGACGGAUUCAUUUC